CUCAUUUGUGACUUUGAUAUACUGAUAUAGUGAACACACACGUCGGAGGAUACCAAAGCGGAUAUGGCAAUGUCCGUAUCACUGUCGUUGCUAGGUGUUCUGGCGACCCUGAUCGCAGUAAGCUGCCACGAUCCAUUGCCUGUCACGUGUAAAUUCCCCGAAGUAAAGGAGAUCGACCCCGGCUAUGAAAAAGUAACAAACAAGGAAGGGAUCAAACUCUCAAAGCGUCAGAAGAAAAUUGAGAUUCCAGCAGCUAACCCCAAAAAAUACCGCGGAGAGAUAUGGGAAGGCACACGAGCAUCACAAAGUUGUGGUGGAUGGCUGAGUCCUCAUAUCGUGUCACCGUUCCUCCACCUCUGUAACGAGAGACGAACAUUCACACAGACCGGAAACUACGUCAUCUACCAAUCCCGAUUCUGCUUAGUGUCCCGUCCAUUUAACAGCUUCAAGUAUCCGUCAGUGGAAUGCAUUAACAAAGAGUGUAAGAACGUGUGGAUCCGCCCCGGGGAGGCCUACAGGUGUGUGCCCGGGGGCUCACGGGUAUAUGGAGUACCCGUCUACUGCAUCAACAAAGGCAAGCCUACCUGGUACACCAUGCCCCUGAAGGUCAACACGUGCUGCGUCUGUCGUCACUUUGUCUGUCCGAAGCUUCUCCAUCAUGUCUAAACGUAUUAGUAAAGCAAUCGUACUUA